AUGGAAGACAAGAAAAGGAAAAAAGACGACAAACGGAAAAGGGAAACCUCUCAGAAGGUUGUAGAUCAAAAAAACAAAGUGCCAGACCUGACUAAGCCCACGUCUGCUCAGUCUCCUGCCACUCAGAGCAGCUCUGCCUCGCCUAGCCCUGGACCCACCCCAUCUGCAUCACCUUUACCGGGCACCCCGGGCUCUGGUAGUGCUGCCCCCUCACAGGGUGGCAACAAUGCCAAACGCCUGCUGGUGGCCAACGGACAGCCCGCCUCCACCUCCAGUUCUUCCUCCACCACAGGCGGCCUCAGCGCCACAGGAAACGGCACCUCGAGUAGCGGAAGUGGUGCCCAAACUCCUCAGCAACAACCGCGCUACAUGCCGAGAGAAGUGCCGCCGCGAUUCCGCUGCCAGCAGGACCAUAAAGUGCUACUGAAGAGGGGUCAGCCGCCAUUGUCCUCUAUGCUGCUGGGAGGCGGUGGAGGCGAUAGCCCUAUUGCAAACUUAGCUGUUUCAGAUUCUGGCGCAGCUGUCUCCUCAUUAGCUCUCACCUCAUCAUCAGUUGCUGCUUCUACAACUACUACUUCUAAUUAUGCAAAUUCCAUGUGGGGGGUGAGCUCAGGCAGCCAGGCCUCCUCUCAGGGCAGGGAGAAGGUCAUUGUUGAUGGGAAUGAUCUGGAGGAGUGGCCAAGCAUCGCUGGCAGUGAAGGAGGUGGUAGCGGCGGCGGCAGCAGCAACAACAACAACAACGGGAUGUCUGUGAACAGCACUAGUGCCUCUGGCAAUCAGCCCUCACCCACUUCCUCUCUCUCUUUGCCCAAUGAAUGUAUGCAGUCGUCCAGUGGCGUGGCAUGGGGGACGGCUGCCUCCCAGGGUCAUCUUGGAGGAGGGAGCACAGUCGCUGUGUCUGGUUCCUCCUCUCUUUCCAAAGCUUCCACUGUGCCAGGGAGCCAUGAUGCCAGUGGCCCCAUGGAGGGCAGUAGUGGAAUUCCAGGUGCCAAUUUAAAUCCAAAUGCCAACCCUUCAGCCUGGCCUGCCCUGGUGCAGCAGGACGGGCCCGCUGCUUCAGGAGAAGGAGGUCCGUCUUCCUUCAGUCACCAGGGCCCUGGAGGCCCCAUGUCUGCCAACAACUCUGCUCCUCUGGGUCUUGGAGCUGGGGCCCUUGGGAUGCUGGGGGGUCCUUCACCUUUACCUGUGAAUCAAUCAAAUGCCCAUCAGCAUCAACUUCACCAAAUGCAAUCUCGAGAUGGAAAGUGGGAUAGUGAAUUAACGGGACCAAAUACAGCAGGAGAAGGGGCUGGAGGGGUCAUGGAGCGCAGUGGCAUCGGAGGAGACCACAACCUUGGUUCUUCUUGGAGAAGCCAACCUUCUUUUUCUGCAUCCAACUCCAAAGCGGGUGCCGCAAGGACUGAUGGAUGGGACACUGGGAGUGGCGCAGGGAUGCUCGUAGCUGCUGAGGGGGAUAAUGGAACCUCUGGUUGGGGUUACCCAGGUUCAACAAGUGGGGCUAAUGCCUGGGGGAAUGUUGGUGGAAAUGUGAGUCAGACCUCUGGGGUAUCUCAGGGAGGCUGGGGGUCAGAGAGAGAAGUGCCCAGCAGUGAGUGGGGGGGUGGAGAGGACCAACCCAGCAGGGUACGGCUACAGGCUGGGGGAGAGCAGGGCCAGGGGAGAGCCAAGAAGCCAAAGGGUGGGGAAAUGAAGAGUGGAGAGAUACCAGACCGGGAAAUGGAGGAGGAUGGGGUGAUCUUGGUCAACAGGGUGAGCCAUCGGGGGGCGGUGGCUGGGGAGAAAGUCAGGAGGAAAAAGGGACAGGUGGUUGGAAAGAGCUGGGAGGGGAUGCACGUGACAGUGGGUGGGGAUCGGGGCAAAAAGCAAGGCCAAGUAGAGACUGGGGGGAGCAAGAACGCAAACCAAACGGAGGUGGAUGGGAGGGUGAGAGGAAAAAUGGGCCAGGAAACUCAGGUGGGGAUGCGGGUGGGGGUGGUUGGGGAAGCUGGGAUGAAGGCGCCCCCAGAAGAACUUGGGGAACAGGUGGGACCGGUAGUGGAGGUAGUGCUGGAAGUGGAAUGGGAGUCAUAG